GCAGCUGAGGAAACUUGAUAGCACUCUGUCCCUUUCUCUUCUCUUUCUCUUACUCCUCUUUUUCUCUCUGUCCCUCUCUCAUUCUCCAGCAGCGAUGUAGUCCUCUCUUAAACUUUGGCAGCUCUUUGGUGAUGAAGCCCUGACUGACUGAUCCACCACUCCUGGACCUCUAUGGAUUCAUUCCUUCCUUCUUUUUGAGGUCUUGUUGUCCUCUUUCAAGAGUCACCUCUCUCUUCAUUUCACCUUGUGUUUCAUUGUUGCGUCUUUGUAUUUGAACUAUGGCCAUGAAGGAAACUGUACUCCCUAUCAGUGAGGUGUCCAGUCCGUACCCAGAGGUAGUGGAACUCAAUGUUGGCGGCCAGGUGUAUGUCACCAAACGUUCCACCUUGGUCAGCGUACCUGACACCACCCUCCACACUAUGUUCACCCGCUACACCCCACAGGAACUUCCCCGCGACAGCCGAGGACGCUUCUUCAUCGACCGUGAUGGCUUCCUGUUCCGAUAUGUGCUGGACUUCCUUAGAGACCGGCAGCUGGUGCUACCAGAACACUUCCCAGAGCGGGACCGUCUACAGCGCGAAGCCGAAUAUUUCCAGUUGGGGGAGCUACUGAGAAUUCUCGGCCCACGUGUAGCCAAACAAGGAUCGCUUAAUGAUGAGGGCUGCCAAAGCGAUAUCGAGGAAAGUUCUCAGAGUAGCGAGUUGGUGACUCGAAUGGGAAACAGCGCCACCAACUAUGCAACUUCUUCUUUUGCCCCAGACAAGAGGUCAGGGUUCAUUACGAUUGGUUAUCGGGGAUCGUAUACGAUGGUGAGGGAUAACCAAACUGAUGCUAAGUUUCGGCGUGUGGCGCGGAUCAUGGUCUGCGGCCGUAUUGCUCUGGCAAAAGAGGUGUUUGGGGAAACGCUGAAUGAGAGUCGAGAUCCAGACCGUCCACCAGAGAAAUACACCUCACGCUUCUACCUGAAGUUCACCUACCUGGAGCAAGCGUUCGACAGGCUGAGCGAGGCUGGGUUCCAGAUGGUGGCCUGCAACUCAACUGGAACAGCUGCAUUUGUUAACCAGUACAGAGAUGACAAGAUCUGGAGUAGCUACACAGAGUACAUCUUCUUCAGGCCUGCCUGCAAGUCAGCAUCCCCUAAAUUGGAGAGCGAGGAGCCCAAGUCAGAGAAACUGCUGGAUAAGGCGAGCGAGAGCGGGGCCUCCCUGAACGAGCUCUCUACCUCCAGUUCUGAGACCCACUCUGAGGCCACUUCGCCCCAGGAUGGAGGCCCUAUCCUGGUUUCUCGUGGCGAGGUUGUUGGGGGCUCCCUGGCCCCAUGUGGUGCCCUGCACUCUGUCUCUCGGCCUCCGAGCACGCUCACUCUGGGUCGACCACCAAAGAAAGGUUCCUCCGUGCAGUGGAUGGAGCUACCGGAUAAAAGGCGGAACAGUGAGCUGUUCCAGUCCCUCACCAGUGGGGUGUGUCCACGGGAAGGUGGAGGCAGUGGUCUUACAAGGAGGAAGACUCUGGAGAGGCCAAAUGCAGAAGAGGAAAUGAAACAAUGCAUCCGAGAUUUCCGAAAGAUCAAGAUUCCCCCGGCGUUCCCAGAGCGCAAGCGGCAGUGGCAGUCGGAACUACUUAAGAAAUACGGCCUUUAAAGGAAACUCAGGAUAGAUUACUGUGUUUUAACUACACAUUCUAUUCACAAUCACACACACUAUAUUGCUAUAGUUUUUCAAACUUUUAUCAAUUCUGCAAUUCCAAAAAUACAGAAUUGCUCAAAGGCCUUGAUACACAUCGAGAAACAGAACCAUACAACCAAUCAUCGAAAGAAAGUUGAAAGAAUAGAACCAGUGAAACACAUUUCACUUUGAUACAUUUUGAUGGCAUGGAACUACAAGGACUGACAGCAUCAUUGCUCUACCAUUCAUUUCUUUAUAACUUGAAAAACUACCAAAAAAAAAAAAAAAAAAAAAUAUGAAGGAAAACUUUUUGAUAAAGGUGAGAUUCAAUAACUAAGAGCCAUUCCAUUGUUCAGAAAGUAUGUAGACUCUAUACUGUAAAGUAUUGAACUGACAAAUAUUGAACAGUGGCAAAGUGGAAAUAGAAAUGAAUCCUGUGUUGUCAUGUCACUUCACUGAAGAAAUACGAAGCACUUAAAUCAGUCUAGAGUCUAUAUGAUUUAUGUGAAAUGCUGGUCUUACCAAUAUAUACAGUAUAUAAAGGUCUUUUUUUACAACACAAACUGAUUUGUGGAUAGCUUUUUGCUGAGGAUUAUGAAGCUUGAAUAGAAAGUAAUUUCCUCAGAUUCAUUCCAUGAAUCAGUUAAACAGAAUCUACUAUCCUACAGGGUUGUGCGCCAUUCAGAAGUGAUUAGAGAUUGCCUUUACAAUUCCAAUUGGAACUGAAUUUGAGUUGAGGUAGCAAACAGGAUGUAGAAUUGUAAUUCAAAGCUGAAUUUAAGAAAGUAGAAUUAAAAUGGAAUGAAAUUAUAGAAAUUACCCAACCCAGUCUCAUGACAAGUCAUAAUAAGUAUUAUUAUUAUUAUUAUUAUUAUUAUUAUUAUUAUAUUAUAUUAAGUAGUAUAAUAUAAUAUAAUAUAAUAUAAUAUAUUACAUAAUAUAGUAUGAGAUGGCAAAAUCGUACUAGUGGCUUGUACAAAAAUGUAUGACUUUUGCUUCUACAGAGAAAAAUAAACAAACCAACGAACAAUGUUAUUAAAAUUUUUGUAAGUUUAACCCCUAACCUAAACCUAAACCUAACCAUGAUUUUAAUAGGAAAAUUACUUUAGUGUACCAUGAAAGAAAGAAAACAUUGGGUUUGGAAGGAGAUGAGGGAAGUGUAUUACAGGUUAUUGACAUACAUCAGUCAUUUGUAUUGCAUAAAUAAAUAUGAAAUGAGUAACAAAAUUUGAUCACAGAUGUUUCAUUUCUUAAAAUGAAGUGUUGGAUAGGAGGCUUGCUAAAAUUUGAUCCCUUUUUUGUAUCAAUUUGAAAUUCUGUUGUUUGGUUGGUCUCUAUGUGAAUAAAAGUCAUACCUUUUCAUACGAGCCAAGUCGAAUGAUAUCUUACGAUUUUGCCAUCUCUUACAUAUUAUAACCAGUUGUCACGAGACUAAAUUGGUAUUAAUCAAUGUUUGAAAUGCUAUUGACAUUUGUAUUUAAUCAAUAUGUACUGUAUUUCAUUAUAUUUAAUAUAUUUACUUUCAUUUAAUGGACCAUGGUGAAAGAUUACCUUGUUUCCAUAAUGGUCUAAUUUACUUUAUAUAUUGAAUAUUUAAUCAAAAGAAUCAGAUUUUGAUGUCAAUGUUUAUUUUAGAAGUUAACUAAAAACAAUGUGGUGGCCAUUUUAAGGUAAUGUAUUGUUGUGUUAAUUGUUUUGACACUACUGAACUUAACAGAAAUGCUUCUAUCAGUAAAAUAAAUAAAUAAAUAAAUUCUACAAAUCAGGAAAUAAAUAGGCAUAAUUAGUCAGAAUUAAUUAUGUAAUUAUUUAUGCUUUGUUGGACUAAUGAAAUUCCUCUGUAGUGUGACUGUGUUGAAUUUCUUUGAACUGCAAUUCAGUAAAUUCAUCUUCCUAUCAUUCCAAUUCCAGUUAAAGGGUGUGACCAAUUCAAUUUAAAUAAAAAUACAAAUUUAUCGUCCUGAGGGGUGUGGCCAAUUUAAUUAAAAUUCCAAUUUAACAUAUUUAGUGGUGCGACCAAUUUAAAUGUAACAUCCUGUGAGGGUGUGGCCAAAUUAAACUAAAAUCAAAAUUUAACAUCCUAAAGGUUGUGGCAAAUUCAGUUUAAAUUAAAAUUUAACUCUGAGGGUUGUGGCAAAUUGAAUUUAAAUCCAAAUCUAUGCCAGGGCGUAGCCAAUUGAAAUGAAAUUGAACAUACCGAGGGGUGUGGUCAAUACAAAUUCCAAUUUAACAUCCUGAGGGGCGUGAACAAUUUAAAUUCAACAUGCUGAGGGGUGUGGCCAAUUUAAUUUAAAACCUUAUUUAACAUCCUGAGGGGUGGGGCAAGGGCGUAGCCAAUCUAAUUUAAAUUCAACUUCCUGAAGGGCAUGACUAAUUCAAAAUUAAAAUUCAACAUCCUGAAGGGCAUGACCAAUGCAAAUUUAACAUCCCGAGGGGUUUGGUCAAUUCAAAUUCCAAUUUAACCUCCUGAGGGGCGUGAACAAUUUAAAUUCUGCAUCUUGUGGGGCGUGGCCAAUUCUAUUUUAAUUCCAACUCUCUUUCAAUUCUGAAAAUGUUCUUACAAUUCAAAAAUUAGUAGUAAUGAGCACAGGUUAAUUUUACCAAUGCAUUUUCUUUUUCACUAAGCAAGUUUAAAUGAUUUCAUUGUUGGUUUAAUUUGACAGGCCAUCAUGGACAUAAUCUCAACAUUAUUAUUUGUCUUUUCUAUGUGUGUUCUCUGGAUGAUGCCUAAAAUCAUUCAAUAUCUUGGCUGCUUUCGUAUUGACAUUUUGUUAUGUGCAAUUCAUUUUGUAAAGUGGUUUGUGUGUGUGCUUCUGUCCAUACUUCUGUCUGUACAUGUGCACACACUCUUGUCUUUUAUGUGAAUUUCUAUAAAGGUGUUUGUAGAGGACAUUUUUGAAUUACCAGGUGAUUUGGAUUCUCAAAAAAAAAAAACAAAAAAAAAAAAAAAAGAAGAAGAAGAAGAAGAAACGAAGAAGUAGAAAAGCUAGGACAUGUGUUGCUACAAAUUUUUCAUAAAAAGCUUAUUGUUGAUUGCCUCUCAGCAAAUACAGUGCUAGCUGACUACUUUGGCCCCCAGGCCCCUUGUAGGGGCCUCCAAAGACAUGUGCCCAGGGGCCUCGCGGGACCAUGAUCUGGCCCUGGGUGGUUCCCUUACAGCUUUUGCCUGGCCUCAGUCCAAAAUAAACUUUCAAUGUAAAAUCAUCUUUAGUUUGCUUGACACAGAUUAAAAGAAUUGUUCACCCAAAAACUUUUAAUGUUCCCUUCCAGUGAGCUGUGACAGGAUCAUUGAGCAUGUUUACAUGCACAUCAAUAUAGUGAUAAUGGUCAAAAAUCAACUUAUAAAAAAAUAAAAAUUAAAAAAGACAUUUGAAAUCAUCUAAUUAUUCUCUACUUUUGAUGUCACUGGUAAGAACACCAGAAAAGGUGUUUACAUGCAAAGCGAAAUCGGGGUAACUGGUAAAUCUACUUAAUCGCUUGCUUAAACCGUUCAUGACCUUGCCUUAAUAAAAGAAAGCCGUUUAAGGUGUUUACAUUACCUAACAUGUUGUAGGCUUAUUAAGUAUAGUCAUUGUAAGAUUGUGUAUGUAUACACACUCAUCAUUCAGACCAGAAUCAUUUAGGAGUGCGUUUCCCAAAAGCAUAAUUUGCCAAAUAUAGUCACAAAUUCCAUCUUACCAACAUAGUUCAAUGAUCAUAUGGGGGUGAACUGUUCCUUUAAGCAGAUAAUACUGAGCCUAUAUAUAUAUAGAAAUAGAAAUAGCCAUGGCAUUGUGCCAGUAACGCAAUCCACAUCCAGAAAACUGUUCAAAACAUUGUUUACCAAAAAGUGUCAUCCCAGACUGUGGAGCGAUCUUUCCAUCUGCCGUAGGCUGAGUUUCAAAUGUCAUUGAGCAUUCACAGUGCAUUUCCAUCUCCAUGACGGCAUGAAUUUGAGAAAUGAGUAGAUGAUAGCCCAGAAAUGGAUGUGUACAGUGAUUUGUGAAUGUUUAAAGCACAACAUUCUGUAAAUGCCUGUUUGAGAUGUGACAUUGUCUCAAUCCAGGACACAGGUUUGAAAAGCACAAAGCACUGUUGACUCCUAGAAAUUAAAUAUUUAAUGGGUUUAAAUCAAGACAUUGUGUUAGUCUACUCUGAAACCUGAAAUGCCCAAAAUGUGUGAUUAGUUGUUAUCUGUUGAUUUGCCUUAAUGUCCUGUAAUAAAAGUGUUA